CAGAGUCGUGCGAAGUGAGGAGGGUGAAGUGCGCCGCGAGCCGAUACAUAACCUCUCUCCCGACCUGUCGCGUCGGCGGUGUCGACUCUACACACACGCACACACGCGCGCGCGUUUCCGUCGACUCGCCCUUGCCUAAUAGGGCAGAAAAAGGAGACGAGGAGAUCUCUCGGCGCACCGCGGCUCCGACUUCUCUCUCUCCCCCCCCUCCCCACUCGUCGUCCCCGAAGAGCUGCGACACGCGUCGUCACGUUCGCGAACGCUACGAGUGAAUAAUGUCCGACCCGCGUAUCAGGACGCUCAAGAUCAAGACGGGAGUGGUGAAGCGCCUCGCGAAGGAGAAGGUCACGUACGAGAAGGAGGUUGUGCAGCAGCGCGAGAGGAUACAAAAGUUGAAGGAGCAGGACAAAGAUGGCUACGACGUGAAGAAGCAGGAGGAGGUGCUUCAGGAGUCCCUUAUGAUGGUGCCGGACUGUCAGAGGCGUCUCGUCAAGGCAUUCGAGGAACUCAAGAAGAUCCUGGACACCGAGCAGGAUUUGAAGGAAGUCGAGGAUUACAUAGAGGCUGAGAGAGUGCUGCAGCAGGCGGAGGAGCAGCUGCCGAAAGAAGGGGACAUUUUGCACAUGUGUUAAAGAGAAAAGUGCUCCGAUGACUUUUUCGCUAAAUCAUUCUCGAAUAUUAUCCAA